AAAAUUAAUUAAACAAAUAAGAUAAAUUACAAAUAAACAAAUUCAACGUAAACUGAAAAGUAAACAAACGCGUGAAAUAUUUUAAAUUACAACGAAAAAAUAAAUUUUAUUACACACAUCGGCAUAUAAAAUUCAUUCCAAAAUAAGAAGCAAAUAGAGAGAGAGUAAAGACUCAACGAAAAUCACUGCCCAAUAUUAAUUUACACCUAACAACUAAUAUAACUGCAGAUACAAAAAAAAAAAGAAGAAAACAGCGGCAAUAUCGAAACUUUAAGUGCCACGAAUUUUUUAACAAAAAUACAACAUUCAGUCUAAAAAACAAAGUAAGCAGGAGGAUAUGGUUUUGCCAUUCGGUCUCGGAGCUGACGGCCAACACACGGGUGGCCAAACAACAAUCAUGGUACCAACAGCACCUCCUGCUUUUCUAAUGCCUGGACAAACAAAUGUAUCCACCGUCAUACCGAUUAUACCGAGCCCAUAUAUUGAUUUUAUUGUUGUAAACGGUGAUGAUCGGUACAUGAUACGAUGCGAGAGAAAGGCUGUACUUGAAAAUAGUGUGGAAUUAGCCAAACUCAUACACGCCGGACCGAACAGUGGACGUAAAGGUGAUAAUCAUUUUCAAAUAUCAAAUGUGGAUAAAAACGAUUUUGAACUAGUCAUAAGAUUUCUUGAAACGAAAUUCGUAAAAUAUAGUGAUCAUCUGCAUAUACUUAAAAUACUCGAAUUAGCUGCCCGCUUUAAUUGUCCAGAUUUGAUAAUACACUGCAUACGUGAACUUGAUUUACUUUUAAGUAGCAUUACAGUCGUCGAUGUAUUUCGUGCAUUGUGGUAUUAUCAGCAUUUAAUGCCUGCCAGUCAAAAUCAAUUGGAUUCAGUUAUCACUUCACAAGAUGCACUGUUAGCUAAAAAACAGAAACACAAGGGACGAACUGACAAUCAAAGCUCAACAGCUAACUCGCAUUCUAACCCUUUUACAGCUGAGGAAUUUUGUGCGGCACUACUAAGUAAUACUCUGCAGUUGAUUGAUAUGCAAGCAGAAUCUGUGUUAACAGAACAGCAAAUGACUGAACUGCGUUUCGAAGAAUUGGAAACGAUUGUAAAACGUGAUUCACUGCAACUGAGCUCUGAACUUGUACUAUUCAGAUGCUUGUCUGACUGGAGUAUUGCUGAGUGUAGACGAAAAAAAUUGGAACCAACGGCAGAAAAUCGAAGGCGUGUCUUGGGUCCAUUAUGUUAUGCUCCACGAUAUUUAUUAAUGAGUUCAAAUGAAUUUCGUAGAGCUUGUGAACGUGUUGAACUAUUAGAUCCUACUGAGAUAACACUUGUCGAUGAUGCAAUUGAAGGUAAAAAACUAAAAAACCUAACCAAUGAACAAAAGCAAUUAUUGGAGAAGUUUCGUACAGCACGUCCUGAUUUUGCCAAAAUGCCCAUUCAUCUCAGUGAUCGUAGCAACCCGAAAAACUAUCCAAAAAAGAUGCGCCGUGCGGAAAAAGUCUCAUCCUCUGGUGAAGAAAGUUGCUGUGAGAAUUUUGGUCUCAACUGUUUAGCAGUAUUUGCAUGCAUUUUCGAUUGAAGUUUGUGCAGAUAUCCAUAUCUGUAACUACAUCCGCAUUAUUUCGUACUCAUUUUCAGUGUCAAAGAAUAGGACCUGAAAGUAAAAUAAUGAUUGAAAUGCAUAGACUUAUACACUAACGAAUAUAGCUUACGAAUAUUAGUUAACUAAGAGACGCAAAUUUCCACACGUUUUAUACCCUCAACUAUGUGAAUUAUAUAGUCUGUAUAUGUACUCUUGUAUGUGAGUAGCUUAGGCGUGGAACCAGCACUAUUUAAAAGUUGGCGAAACAGAUACUUUUAACAUUUAUGUAUGUCAUGUGUUGUAAAAAUGUUGAAAAAUGCAAAAAAUUGCAAAAAUUGCA